GACAAGAAUGGGCGGACACCGCUUCACCACGCCACCAUGAAUGCCAAUACAGGACAGGUAUGCCAGUUUCUGAAGCGAGGAGCUGACCUUCAUGCCAAGGACAAGGACGGACAGGAUCCGUUAGACAUUGCUGUGAGUAACACGAAUGCUGAUAUAGUGACCUUAUUGAGAUUAGCAAAGUUGAAUGAGGAGAUGAAGGAGUCAGGAGGCGGUUAUAACAAUCCAGGUGAUGACACCUUUCAAGACGUCUUCCGAGAUUUCAGCAACAUGGCAUCAAACAAUCCAGAGAAAUUGAAACGAACAAACACUGCAAGUACCAGCAGUUUCCCGACCUAGCACCUUCCAUGUAAAGAGACGGUUUCCCCAGGGGCAAGCCCAUUACAGAACAGGUGGAGAGAAUAGGAUCUAGUUGAGUUAUCUUCUCCUGAUUAGAAUUAUCUCCCCUUUAUUAUCUUUUGUAGCAAUAUAAAAGAAAACCUAGAGAUUAUAGAGACUGGUGUGGUCUGUAAUUGGAGCCUUGUAAAUCU